CUAAACAAAGCGUCGACCAAUCAGAGAGAAACAAGACAAAGCGGGGCGGAGCUGUACGCAUGCGCUUUGACAACACGGAACUAAGCGGUGCAUUGACCGAGGCGGUUUGGGUACAGCUGAAUAUUCCUAAAUACUGAUCCAUUGCGGAGAUGACGUCCUGUCAGACUCAGUACCUGCUAAUGCUGCUGCUGAGUGUGGGAGUCUCAGCGGUGGAAGUCCAACGACCUCGGGGUGUCCCUUUGUCAAAACGGCAGUUCUACGAAGAGGGCAAACCUUUUACUUGCCUAGAUGGCUCCCGCACGAUUCCCUUUGACAGAGUGAAUGAUGACUACUGUGAUUGUAAGGAUGGCUCUGAUGAACCAGGCACUGCUGCUUGUCCCAACGGCAGCUUCCACUGCACCAACGCAGGUUUCCGACCGGGCUUCAUCCCUUCCUCCCGCAUCAAUGACGGCAUUUGUGAUUGCUGUGACACAACAGAUGAGUACAACAGUGGUGCUGCCUGUCAGAACACCUGCAGGGAGUUGGGGCGCAAAGAGAGGGAAAGCCUGCAGAAGAUGGCAGAGAUCACUAAGGAAGGCUUUCUGCUUAAGCAACAACUGGUCCAGGAGGCAAAGAGGGGCCUAGAGGAAAAGAAGGCCAAACAAGCAGAUAUUCAGAUCGGUAAGAAAGAUUUGGAAGCUAUGGUGGAGGCCCUGAGAACAGUGAAGGAGACUGCAGAGCAGCCAGAAAAAGAAGCCAAAGAGCGCCAUCUGAAGGCCUGGGAAGAACAAAAGGCUGUUAUUCAAAUGGAGAAGGACAAGGCUAAAAUGGCUGAGGUGCUGUCUGAACUGGAUGAUGAUGCAGAUGGCUCUGUCUCCGUGGCUGAGCUUCUGUCCCACUCUGAGCUCGACCCGGAUUCAGACGGAUCCUUCACAGAAGCAGAGGCGCAGGGACUGUUAGGAGGAGUUGACAAAGUGGACUCUGUAGCCUUUGAGUCAGUUUGGAAUAACAUCAAAGACAAAUACACAUCAGAGCAGGCCAACACGGAAACCCCAGCAGAGGUGGAGACUCCAGGGGAGGAGAUAAAAGAGCCCCCCUCCGACAACGACUCCGAGCAGUACCCUGAAGAAGACAUCCCAGAAGAAGAGGAGGAAGAUGAUGAAGAGGACGAAGAAGAAGACCAAGAUGACGGAGACUAUAAGCAGAGCCCUCCUCCGACGCAGACCCCAGAUAAGAAGGAAGACGAUGACGAGGGGACGAUGCCACCCUUCGACCAGGAAACGCAGAACCUCAUUGAUGCUGCUCAGAAAGCCAGGGAUGCAUUUGAUGAAUCCGAGAGAGCUCUGCGAGAAGUCGAUGAUCAGGUCAAGAACCUAGAGAAGGAAAUCUCCUUUGACUUUGGACCCAAUGCGGAGUUUGCAUACCUCUAUAGCCAGUGUUAUGAGUUGUCUACUAGCGAGUACAUCUACAGGCUCUGUCCAUUCAACAGAAUGUCCCAGAAACCCAAGUUUGGUGGAUCGGAAACUAACCUGGGAUCAUGGGGGCAUUGGGCCGGUCCCGAGGAUAACAUCUACUCUCUGAUGAAGUAUGAACAUGGGACAGGGUGCUGGCAGGGCCCGAACAGGUCCACCACGAUUAAGUUAACGUGCGGAAAGGAGACAGUGGUGACAUCUGUCUCGGAGCCCAGCCGCUGCGAGUACCUGAUGGAGUUCAUCAGCCCGGCUAUCUGCCAGGAGCCCCCCAGCCUGGAUGCAGCGCUUCAUGGGCAUGAAGAGCUCUAGACCCACCUGAUCUCUAUUCGGUUGUUCAGCUGAGCGAUGAGCCGGUCUCACUGCAGCUUUGUCUGGGAUUCUCAAGUCAAAGAACUUCACUUCACUGCACCAUGGUGGAAGCAACACUGUACACAACUUCAGGACAAGAGAUGAGAGUGUGUAUAAGCACUCAGAAGUAUAGAUGUGUCUGUCAGGUUACAUACUCAAGUGUUGAAUUUAGCUUUUUUACAUCUAAUUUACUUUUGUUAGUUAAUUUCAAUUGUUGUGAUAUGCUUGAACGGUUAAGUUUGUAUGAGAUACGAUGCUCCUUCGCCCCUUCCCUAAAUCCCCACCCAUACACCGCAUGCUUAUUCCCCCUUGCUCUGCAAAGAUCAGAGGGUUUAAAAUAAAGCCAUGCGAUGUCCCAAUUUUUCCAAGCUUAAGAAUCUGUAAAAAUUCAGCACAAGGUCUUGUUCCUUUGUAUGUAUAAAAAUAGAUUUAUCUCUAAUGUAAUCCUUUCAAAGAGAUCGUCCUCUUUGGCUAACACAGCGUCAUUUAGAAAAGCAAAAGCAAAAAUGUCUUGAAUAUAGUUGACCUUAUUUAAUCUAUUAUCAUGUGCAGAUGUCUUGAUAUUGAAAGACAUUAGCUCUCCCCACGGUAAAUCGUAAGUCUGGUCUGUAACAGACGUUUCAUCUAGACAGGUUGGCCUUAAUGUUUCAUCAAGGGUGCCAUAAAUAAUUUUCAUGCAAUUGGGUUGGGGAUAUUUUGAGUAAUGCUAUUUUUGUGAAAGUGUGAAAUAGAUCUAAAGCAGAUAAAUAAAUACCUUUCUGUUGUAAACAGAUGUAUUAUUAUGACACUUAUUUGCAGGCUUGAUGUUGUACAGUCGUCUUUUAAGAGGGCAGGAGUACAACGUUUCUUGGAAGCUUUUAAGAGAAUUUAGCGGUUUUAAAUAAAACUGAGGAGCAUUUGGCAAAGCUAGAGGAACUAUUAAUCUUUUUCCUCCAAGGAUCAGUGAUCAUUUGAACAUUGCCAUAUAUUAUCGCUCACACACGAGACUCUAAGUCAGUUUUAAAUAUUCAGUCACUUGGAACUGCAGUCCUACUAAUCUGCUCUAUGCAUGUUGGUUCUGUAGAUGUGCUCAACUGAAUGGUAACAAUUUGACCUAAUUUAUCCUGGGAGCUUCUAUCAGUGCACUAGACUGAAGAAUAAUACCGGUGCUCUUGACUUUUUGCUCAUGUGUGUUAUAUCUCUGCAGAGCAGCAUAGACCAUUGUUCAGUCAAUGGGGUGUAUUGUAUUUUCUUCAGUUACUUGUAGCUGCUUCUUGGGUCUUAAUCCCAUUCAAACUAUCAAAUUCCUGCCUCCAUUUAUAGUUAUUAAUCUAAAGCCUUGAAGUCCUGUCUUGCUGUAACUUUCAUAAUCAAAGCAAGAACAUUAUAAUUUGGAUGUCUUGUUUGCUUUGUUCUCUCGAUGAAAGAUGACCUUUGUGUUAAAGGGAUAUCGCACCAAAUCAUGGCUGACAAUUCCAUCCAGAGUAAAAAGGCCUGUCGUUAAUGUGCUGAGGUGUAAUACAUUUCUUUGCAAAAAGUGAAAAAACACCGGUAUUUUCCUCUGACGUGGCUGUGUUAUGGUGAGACGGUUUUCCACUUGUACUCGUCGCACUCUCGCCCACUAGAGAUUUACUAAUGAACACUGUCGCCAUGGGAGCACUGCCACUCUGCUCUAAGUUCACAGACAGUCUGCUUGUGUUGAACCCAUCCAAAGAAUAGAAUAGAAGAUCAAUACAGGAACGUUUGCUAUGUUUUACUUAAUAUAUCUUCUAGUUAUUGAACUGUGUUUCAGUGAUACAGAAGUGUACUCUUAAUGUUGUUUGGUGUGAGACUGUGAGGGAAAGAGGCAUUCUGAUGGCUUUCGGACUACUCUUUUCUGUGACCAGUUUUCAUUGGUUAGCCUAAAUCUUAUUGGGUCUGAGCUAAUCAGCUCACAUGUGGUAGAGGAACUGCCUUUACGCUAGGCACCACCUAAUGCAGGUCAGGAAACAGUAGUCAACGUUUCUAGAAAAUGCUUACAUACUCGGCUAUUAUAACCACCUUAAAUAUUGAAUAUAUAGUUAUAUUUUUAAUAGACGUAUAUAAGAGAACACUGUUUUUUAAUUUCAUUUUCUUUGAUCUAAAAAAAUCGCUGAUUCAAAAUGCCCAAGUGUAAAAAAAGUGACUACAUCCUCUCCAGCAAGAUAAUAGGAGAGAUGGUGGGGUAAGAGUUUGGGUAAAUUGCACAUAUUUGUUCAUUUUAAAUUUUUGAUCGUUUUGUUCAUCAGUUGUCAUUAUUUGCCUGAAUUCAAUCAAAGCACUCAGUACACAUUCUCUGUCACAUUCGUUAGACUGUCUCCUAAAUAGAUAGCUCUUGCUCCUACCCAACAAACCAGCUACGUACCCCUUCUAAUUCAAUCCAGGCAAAUAUAGGGAAGGACUAGCAUGUUGUGUAAA